AGAUAUGCGAACCCCCUACCAUCAUAUCAUGGACCGCUGCUGCACACAAACACCGAAAACCGAUCCACGCUAAGACUGACUAUUGCCACACACAACUUUGACACAGUGCCACGACAAAAUUCACUUCACAUUACAUGAAAACAAUAAAAGCACCUCUGCUAAUAGCAAUUCACAGAAAUGGUGUAUAUCAUCAUCACUCUAUAGAAACCGAAGAAAAAACCCUCGACAAAACUCACUCAUAAUGGAGGACAAACCGGCGGGGGGGAGCUCGGCCACGGCGGGAGGAGACUCACCGGCAUCAGCCGAGCCGACGUCAUCGUCCCGGCGGAGAGCCAGUGGACAGAAGAGGAAAGCAAACGCACUAUCAACUUCAAACGCUUCAUCUACGCCAUCAAAACGGUUAACCCGAGAGAAAGCGGCGAUCUCUCAAAUUCCGGUCCAUAACGGUGGUCCGUUGACUAGAGCGCGGCAGAGCCCUAACAAUUUAGGAUCUACCGCGGCGGGUGGUGGGAUUAAGGUGGAAGAGAAGGUGGCAGCGGUGACAGCGACGGAAGCAGCAACGAUAGCGGCAUUGGAAGAGGAGGUGAGUAAAUUGGAGGAGUUGAAGGGUGGUAUAGAAGCUGAGUUUGAGGUUAUCAGAUCUCGUGAUUCUAAUGCUCAUGUCGUGCCUCAUCAUUGCGGCUGGUUUUCAUGGCCAAAAAUUCAUCCCCUUGAGGAGCGUGCCUUGCCUUCAUUCUUUAAUGGAAAGUCUAAAAUUCGGACACCUGAUAUCUACAUGGAGAUACGUAAUUGGAUUGUAAAAAGAUUUCAUUUAAAUCCAAAUGUACAGAUUGAAUUGAAAGAUCUGUCAGAGCUUGAUGUUGCAGACGUAGAUGCAAAGCAAGAGGUGCUAGAAUUCUUGGACUAUUGGGGAUUGAUAAAUUUCCACCCAUUCCCACAAACAGAUUCUCCUGCCAAUGCUGAUGGUGGUGGAAGAUCGGAAAAGGAGUUGUUGCUAGAAAAGUUAUUUCACUUUGAAACCAUUCAACCAUGCCUGCCUGUUAUUUCUAGGCCUAAUGUCUCUUCUCCUGCUUUGCCAUCUGGGUUCUUUCCUGAUUCUUCAAUUGCAGAUGAGUUGGUGAGGCCUGAGGGACCAGCUGUUGAGUACCACUGCAAUUCUUGUUCAGCCGAUUGCUCCCGGAAACGGUACCAUUGCCAGACACAGGCAGAUUAUGAUUUAUGUGCUGACUGCUUUAAUAAUGGGAAGUUUGGCUCAGACAUGUCUUCAUCUGAUUUUAUUCUUAUGGAGCCUGCUGAGGCUCCUGGCAUAAGUGGUGGAAAGUGGACUGAUCAGGAGACCUUACUUCUCCUUGAAGCAUUGGAACUUUAUAAAGAAAACUGGAAUGAGAUUGCAGAGCAUGUUGCCACAAAAACCAAAGCUCAGUGUAUAUUGCACUUUGUUCAAAUGCCAAUCGAGGAUGUCUUCUUUGACUGUUGUGAUGAUGUAGAUGGGAAUUCCAAAGAAACUACAGAUCCACCUGCGAACAUGGAUGAAACAUCUGCUCCUAAAGAUGGAAUGGAAACAACCGAGGAUAAGACUGGUGCUAAGCAGGAUCAGACGUUAACCUCCUCAACAGAAGAUGCAAAUGAAGUAAAAGUUUGUCAGGAAAUUGCAAGGCCUGACAAUGGCAGUGAAGCUAUAAUUGUUGAGGAAACUUCAAAAUCAAAAGAUAUUAGUGAAGUGAAGGCCGAUCAACAUAUGGGUGAAAAUUUUGCACUCAAAGCUCUUACUGAAGCAUUUGAAGGUGUUGGCUAUCCUUCUACUCCAGAAAACCGACUUUCAUUUGCGGAGGUUGGAAAUCCUGUCAUGGCUUUGGCAGCAUUUUUGGGAAGAUUGGUGGGAAGGGAUGUUGCUAUUGCUUCUGCUCAGAGCUCUUUGAAAUCCUUAAAUAGUGAAUCCCCUGGCAUGCAGCUGGCAGCAAGGCACUGCUUUCUUUUGGAAGAUCCACCAGAUGAUAAAAAGGGGCCAGCUGGUAUUGGUUGCAGUGCCACUGAAAUUUCUAAUCAAGAUGCUGCUAAAGACAACCAGGAGGGGCAAACCCAGAGAGGAAAUGACUCUCCAUCAGUUCUGGAUGGCAGUGAUUUAUUAAAUGAUUCCAGCAACAAGAAAAUUGAAGCUUUUGCUCCAGAAGAAAAGCAGCCUCCAGAUUCUUCAAAUGAAGAAUCCAACAAGAAACUAAACACUGUAAACUAUGCAGGCAUUGCAGCUUCUCAUGCGGAAGUUGAACCUGGUAAAUUGAAGGAAUUUAAUGAAUCAGAGUCAGAAAAAGAACCUCAAAUGAGUAUUUUGAAAGAAACAAAUGAGAUAUCAUCCAAGUCCGAAACUCCACCAAGUUCCGUCAAGGAAACAGAACAAUCCUUACCGACUGUGCAUUCUCAGCUUACGGAGAUCUCUAAGGAUGUGGAUAUGGUAUCUGAUUUGAAACUUUCUGAUUCUAAUGAACCUUGUCAGUCAAUUGCAUCAGUGUUGAUUGAAGAGCCCUCUCAAGCUGCAGAGGUAUCAGAGGAUGUAGACAUGGUAUCGCAUUCUCUGCCCCAAGAGAACAUUGAGCAACAGCAAAAAGUGAAAACAAAUUCAGCAGGAGAUCACUCUCACCCUACAGAGGCACCAAAGGAUGUAAAAAUGUUGUCUUCACUGCCUUCAGAAGCAAAAGAGCCUCAACAACAGCCUGUUGCCCCAAUAUCGUUGGUUGAAAAUGGAGAAACUCCAGACGAGGACCAGAAGGACGGAAAGAAAGAGAAGCCUGAUAGUAAUGAGAUUAAAGAUGAUCAUAACAUCGAUAAAAUAAAGAGUGCUGCAAUUUCUGCACUCUCAGCAGCAGCAGUGAAGGCUAAACUUCUUGCAAACCAGGAGGAAGACCAAAUCAGACAACUUGCUGCAUCAUUGAUAGAAAAGCAGUUGCAUAAGCUGGAAACGAAGUUGUCUUUCUUUAAUGAAAUGGACCAUAUAAUCAUGAGGGUUAGGGAGCAACUCGACAAGUCAAGGCAGAGGCUGUAUCAUGAGAGAGCGCAGAUUAUUGCAACCCGACUUGGGAUACCACCAUCCUCGUCUAGAGCAAUGCCACCGACAUUACCCACCAAUAGAAUCGCAAUGAAUAUUGCAAACUCAAUACCAAGACCCCCUGUGAACAUGAAUUCCCAAAGGCCCCCAAUUUCAAGACCCAUCGGGGCAUUGGCUCCUAUCCCGUCUAACCCAUUUGUAUCAACUACAGCAGGAAAUUCAAUUCGGCCUUCUGGGCAGGACAAUCUUUCUUCAGUUGUGACAAAGUAGUCUUCCCCCAGGAGGCAUGUGAAUAGAGUUCCAUUGAUAUAUAUAUUUUUUUUUACACCAA